AAAGUCAGGAGCGGCCCUGAAGGACCGACAAGGAGCAAAUGUGUGGCGUAGCGAGGCGCUGGCCGUGUCUUUAAGGCGUUGUCCCCGCCCCGUUUUCAGACUGCUGGACAGCCCGCCUUCCUCCUGCCGAACCGGCAGCGGAGGAGCGAGCAGUGCCGUGAGAGGCUACGAGCUGCAGGUGUAGGCAGGCGAGCGCUCCCUCACGGCGGCGGUGGCGGUGGCGGCGGCGUGGCCGGAGGAGGUCAUCUUCGUCGGCAGCCAUACCGCUAGCUCCGGCGGCGCUCCCCGAAGCACCGAUCGCCCGCCCGGAGGAAGGGAUCUGCUGCCCACGAGGCUGAGCUGGAACAUGUCGGUGGUUACCGGAGGGAGCGAACCGGGCCCCGCCGCCACCGCCGCCGCCGCCACCACCGGGGGAGGCGCCGGCGGAGGGACCCGCGUUUUCUUUCAGAGCCCUCGCGGAAGCGCCUCCCGGGAAGAUUCGGUCGCCCCCGCCGUGGUCCAAGUCCAGCAGCAGCAGCGGCGCCACCAGCAGGGCAAAGUGACGGUCAAGUACGAUCGGAAAGAGCUGCGUAAAAGGCUAGUGCUGGAAGAGUGGAUCGUGGAGCAGCUCGGGCAGCUGUACGGCUGCGAGGAAGAAGAGAUGCCAGAUGUAGAAAUUGAUAUUGAUGAUCUUCUGGAUGCUGCUAAUGAAGAGGAGAGAGCCCUCAAAUUACAAGAAGCGCUUGUAGAUUGCUACAAACCUACAGAGGAUUUUAUCAAAGAACUUCUAACUCGGAUAAGAGGGAUGAGGAAACUGAGCCCUCCUCAAAAGAAGAGUAUAUAAGUGAACAUGGAGCCCUCUUGAGAGAAGUGAUCAAUAAACUGGAACUAUUAAACAAGACACCUGCUAGUUUGGUCGUUAUGAGCAAUUUUCUCUUUUUUGGUUGAAUUCUGACAUUUUAAAGAAUCCAACCCCUUCUGUUUAAGGCAGUUUUUUCAAGUGUGAUUUUAUUUUAUCACAAAUAGCAACGUUACGGAUGCUGCUUUUACUACCUGCGGAUGAUCAAGAUAGAUGGGAAAACAUCCACUUUAGAGGGACUUUCCUAGGCAGUAAUUCUGCCUGAUGUAAAACUACUAGGGAAACGCUGUUCCUUUACAACCAGUUUGAUCAUUAAGUUGUACACCAGACUCAUGGAUGUUAAGGUUCUUGUGCUUGUGUACAUAAAUUAUCAAGUGAGUGUUACUAUUGAUUCACAUCGGUGGAAACGAAAUGUGCUCUAAGUAACAAUAUAAACCGAAGUUAUAACCAAUGUGGUGUUGCGGGCAAGGGGGUGGGGGAAGGGGAGGGAUGCAGUUUGUUCAGUGGGGAUGCUGCCACUGUUAAAGCAUUGCAACAAAUGCCUCAAUUCACAAAGCAACACAUAAGCAAACUGGGGUCCAAGGGCUUGAUUUUUUUAAGGUACUAUAACCAACUUUGAAGCUCAGCCAGAUAUAAUCUCUCUUCAUUUUAUGAUCUGUUAGGAUUGAUCAACCUACUGCUAAAGAGUCUGGUAAGAUAGCAAGAAAAAGGUCAAUACCAUUAUGGAAAGGUCCUGGAGAGAGACUAUCUCCAUAGAUAUCUUGGUGAGAGGGGAAAUGGAAAUCAAGCCAGUGGUGGGAUUCAGCCGGUUCCCUCCGGAUCGCGCGAACCGGUAGUGGUGACCGCGGGAGGCUCCGCCCACCCACCCGGACAUAAUGUGCGACUACUGCACAUGCGCAGAAGGCUGUGCGCAUGCACAGAGGUGGCGCGUGCGCUCACAUUUGCGAACCGGUAGGGAAGGAAAGUGAAUCCCACCUCUGAAGUCAACCCACCCCUUCUUAUAAUAAGAAUAUCCAGCUAUCGCUUCCUAUUUUGACAUCCAAUUUGGUAGGUUGGCUGGCUGGUUGUUGGCUAAGUGAUCUAGGUUGUAGAGGUGAAAGCUUGUUCCCCAAACUCUUCAGGAAAACAUUCUUUGUUCUAAUGCAGUGUUUCUCAACUUUAGCGACCGAAUGCCCUGUUUCCCCCAAAAUAAGACAUCCCCUGAUAAUAAGCCCAAUCGGGCUUUUGAGCGCAUGGCAAUAAGGCCAAGCGCUUAUUUCAGGGUUUAAAAAAAUAUAAGACAGGGUCUUAUUUUCGGGGAAACACGGUAGCAUGCUGGCUGAGGAAUUCUGGGAGUUGGAGUCCACACAUUUUAAAGUUGCCAAGGUUGAGAAACACUGCUGUAAUAUUUCACAAGCUACCAUCUGCUGGUAGAUGCUAGUCUGGCAUUUUAUAUCAAGGGUGCUCUGAACAUAAUUUUAUUUUUUAAAAAAGAAGAAAUACAUGUUUGUGGACUUUAUGUAUACCGGCAAGCUUUUUUAAAUGUAUUUAAUUUUGUAAUGUUUUAUUAAUGACUUUAUUUACCAGAUAUUUACUCAAAUAAAUGCAACAAAUUGA